UAAACAUUCCUCUUUCCCGAAAGCCAGCAACAGACUGGCGAUCCAUUCCUGCCUGUCCAGCUAUCUCCAAUCCUGAUCCCUACUUAACUGGUCAACUGUCUGCUUCACGGGCCCAAUUGCUAUCUCAUCAUCCCGAAAUUCUUCCUAGCUACCCGGUUGUUUCUCCCACCCCCCAAACCCGUGUCCUUCCAUUUGUUCCCUCUACUCUUCCAAAGACCGUUUCACAAGCCCCAUCACUAUCUUAUCCUAUCAGAUCUCUCCCUCCCCCUCCAGCCCCAGUUACUUCUGGCUUUCCAGGCAGUUUUCCUAGUCUACCUGCUCCUCUUCCUUCUGGGCCACCUGUCCUUCGAACUAAUCCGCCCCAAAGUUCUCUGAACAUUCCUGAUUCUGACUCACAGAGCAGAUUAUUUUACAAAACUUUCAGACCGAAACAUUUUCUUGCAGCACAGCAUUCUACCCCAGCAACUCUAAAGCCUGCCCUUAACCGCCGUUCCCUUCCAACUCGGCUGGUUGUUUCCCCAGGCCCCUUGGAAGCUCUCCCUGUUUUGAAGCCUUCCAGUUUAUCCGGUCAUCUGACUCAACCAGCACCAACUCUCUCUUGUAUCACUCCUUUACCUGAACAUUCUGCUAGGUUUGAUGUGUGUCAGGCAAUUCAGAAAUCUGUUCCACUAGCCACAACCUCGUCAAAUCAGUGCCAGGCCUUUGUAGACCAUCUGCCUGCCUUGGCUCUUUCCCACCCACCUCCCCGUCAUUCUCCAUCCUCAUUUUUGCCCUCAUCACCUUCUGCUUCCACAUCCUCUUCACCCUUGGGAGUAGUUUCUUCCUCUUCAUCCACAGUGUCUUCUCCUUCAUCUUCUUGUUGUACCUCCCCUCCCUUACCUAUUUCAUCUAUCCCUCUUUUGCCCUCUCCUUUGCAGUCAUCUCCCUCUCCGUGUUUGCCUCCAACUUAUCUAGCUUUUCCCUCUCCAGUAUCUCCUGCUUCCUCUUCUUUCAUGAUUUCUUCUUCCUUUCCUCCCAUGCUUCACUCUAUCUCGAUUUCUACCUCCCCAUCUCCUUUUAUUCCUAUCCGUCCCUUCAAUUCUCACUGGGGGAAGAAAGUAGAGAAGAGAAGAGAAGAAAGUGGAGUAGAGAAGAAAGGAAUAGAGAAGAAAAAGUUGAGAGACGACAACUUUAAAGAUUUAACCAUGAGAAAGAAAUGAAGGACGACAACAUAGCAAACCUAUCUAGUAACAAAAAUGUGUUCCAGCUUAAACUGGAGGAAAUACAGAAACUCCUAGAGAAUCAACAUUUAAGCGAUUUGCAAAAAUUUUAUGAUGAAGUUAAUCAGAUAACCAAUUCUGAAACUCUCUCAAGUAUAGACAGCCUUGAGGCUGCAGAGCGUGAAGAAAUAUACGCAUCACUUAGUAUGGCACCUUCCACGUCAACCCAGCAGAACUCUGCUCCCGUCAAGUCAGCAAAUCUGCAGUCAUCUCAUUUAAACUCCUUUGAUGAAGAUAAGCUGUCAAUCUCUAAAACUCAGCAUAUAAACAAUUGGCUUACAAACUUAGAUACUCAAAAUGCUCAGCCUGCCACAACUUUUUCAGAUUUUUUAAGUAAAUUUAGUGUUCUGCCCUCGUGGGAAUGUUUUAAUAAUAAAGAACAAAAUCCACCUACUUUGAACAGAAAUGUGGAAAAAACCACAAGAACUGCUAAUGAUUCGGUGUUCUUUGUAUGUAGUCCACCUGUAGAUGCACUAGAUAAGAAAGGAGAAAGCACCUCUGAAAGUAGUACUGUGAGGACAAGUGAUCCCACUGAUGAAGCACACAAAAGGGAGAGGCCAUCAGUUAUUAAGAGCCCAACAUUUAAAGUCAGUGGAGCCUGGACUACUCCAGAAUCUCUAACCCAGGAAGCAGCUUCAUUUUCCAUGCAAGAGAGACUGUCUGAGUUAACUCAGGGAAACAGAACUGCCUCAAUUCCUGCUUCAUUUGUACCGGUUUUGUCACCUAAAGCACAGUCAGGUGGGCCUAUAGCCGAGAACAUCACAUGCAUAAAAGAAAUCCACCCCGUGCAGUGUUCUGAUAAGUUAGAUGAAUUGAGAGAUAUGAAAUGUGAGAGGAUGAACUGUUUUAACUAUAAUAAAGAAAAGUUGCCUUUAUUUUCAGACAGUUGUCAGGCCGCCUGUGCACUGCAAAGUUCUUAUUCGCAAGAUAGAAAACACAAAGCGGGUGGACCAUCGGCACCGCUGUACAAUGUAACUCCUGACUUACCUGACCAGCACAGCAUGAAACACAGCAUCCAUGAGCAAAAUGGGGUGGGGCUGCUGAAGAGUAUAUUAAAGAAAGAAUCCAGGUAUGAACCUGACUAUCUCAGGGCAUUAGUUAUAAGUCAGGAUUUUAAGUUUAGACAUCAAAAGGCUGAAACUAUUAGAGAUAGUAUUGAGUUAACAAAACAGAAAGGCAAAGGUACAGAAACCCCCAAGGCUAUUAAAAAACUGCGGUGGUUUGACGAAAACGAUAACACAGAAAACAGUGUAGAUGCAGGUCACCUAGUGAGGAACAAGGCCGGAAUAGCCCCACAGAGGUUACAGCCCUCUCACACCAACCGUGGCACCUGCAACCUAACAAGUGUUCCUGGUUCUACUAUACUUUCUGCUGGUGGAAAGAAGGCCAAGGCUGAUUCUGUCUCUGAAAAUGUUACUGAUGUAGGAACAUCAGUAACUGAUGUCCGUUACUGUGAAACGGACAGUAUGCCUGUGAACUCUUCUCUCCCUUCAGACUCUAGCAUUGCAAAAGAAGCCUGGUCAGCCUGCAGAAGAGAAGAGAGCAAAGCCCCUGUACAUGCUGGUGACCCAAAAACUCUGAAGGCUAAGUCUCUGAGAGGAGCAAUGCUCACUAGACGAGCAGGGUCUGCAAAGGACCAGAAAGGCCUUGUAUAUAUGAACAGAAAAGCCACUGUCAGCCAGCCACAGUCUUCAAUCAAAGCCAACACAUUGGCCCAAACUCAGGGGAAACUAAUUAUGCCUCAUCCUCCACCUAAACCACCAACAUAUAUAAACAGUGGUAAAAAUAUGCAGGUGUCUCCAUGUCAAUCAGCCAUACCUGAAUAUUCUCAAAAUGUCACAACACAGAACAGUUUAAGUUCUGCAUGUGUGCUUCCAACAGAGUACCAUUUGAACCAGUGCACUCAAGAAAGUAUUCUCCCAGUCUCAGACACUUGUAACCUACUUGCUGUGACCCCAGCUCUCCCAUCUCCUUACUCUUCUGAGUGCCAAACCUCAGCAAAAGGAAACUAUUCAAAUGGCACAGCUUUCCAGCAAGACGGGAUGGUAUACUGUACCCAAAGAAGUCCUGUUUGUGAAGAAAGCUACCAGUCUUUUACUCAUAGGAACAGCGAAGAAGAAUCAGUUGUCUCAUGGAAAAGGAACAACGGGCGCCAAAAUGAGAGGGCCACUGAUUCUACUGUGACAAGAAGAAAGCAAGUUGUUGAAAAUAAUUGGAGAAACCUGUUAGAGCAGAAAAGAAAAACCUCUGGAUCUGGAGGAAUGAAGAACACUGAGCAAACGAUUCAUUAUGGGCAAAGUGUCCCGCUAAGUCCAAGUGAAGCAAUACCAGCUACGAGAGGUCCCAAACCUGAAGAAGUUUCAGGUAGUACUUCUGAGUUUCUGCUGGCAGAAAACCUUGUGAAUUCUUCAGUGCCUGAGGAUGAAAUUCUAGCUGCCAUGAACAGCAAGCAGCUACAGAAACCAAAUCUGUCCUUAAGUAAAGCCCAACUGAAUAAUAUCUGUGCACUGUCAGCUGAGGAGCAGAAGGUCCUGCAGUCUCUCCAUCGCCUCAAUGAAAGGCUGUACUAUGUCCAAGAAGCAAUUUUCAAAAACCCAUCCAUCAAAAAUACUUUACAGUUAAUACCACUUCUGAGCAGCCAGCCCAGGGCCAGUCUGUCUCCUGAUGUUGGAUCCAGAGUACAAAGAAAAUACUGAUGAGCUCUGGUAGUCACUACGUAGUGGGACAUUAUUCUGAAGAAUUCCUGUAAAUAAAUGCUGUAUUCUGCACUUAUUAAUGAUCUAAAAUACCAGACUUAUGUUUAUAAAAGCAAAUCAUAAUGUAAUUAAUGGAGAUGAAUUUAUUAGCUUAUAUUUAUGCUACAAAAUUAUACUUUAUUAUGUAUUUUCUUGAUACAUUUUUAAUGAAUGAAAUAUUUCAUUGUUUUCAAUAAGCAUGCUACUAGAUAUAAAUUUUCUCUAUUUAAAAAUAAAAGAUGCUAUUUUAUUAUUCAAAUUAUGUAUUAAGUAUGAUAGUGAAUCUUUGUUUUCUCAAAUUCUAAUAAAUUUUUGUACAAG